GGAAAUCGCUUCUUGUUUUUCUAACAGCAAAGAGGCUCUAGGGGAUGGCUCCGUGAGCUUGGAGGACUGCAGCUCCUGGAGGCAAAAGUUGAGCAAAGGAGUGACCAGACCUGUUCAUAAAGAUUCCUGUCCCGCUACUCCCGACUGUCUGUGAAGUCCCCUAAGAAGGCUGCGGGGCCAAUGGCCCCGUAGUGGAAAACAGAGAAGUUUCUAGAUGUCUGUUGAGAGCAGGCGCUUGUCUGAAGACGACAACGGUGGUGGACAGGCAAAGCCACUCAGACCUGAAGACAUGAGAUCGCCAAGGACAGCCACGUUGUACUUCCUGCUUCUUGUGAUUUGUUCUUCAGAAGCUAUGCUGAGCACACCGGCUGAGCCCAUUGUUCAUCCUUGGAUUCUCCGAGAACAUGAACUAGCCGGGGAAGAGCUACUGAGGCCAAAACGAGCAGCUGCAGUGGGUGAUCCUGUGGCAGAAGAGUACACGGCGGAUAUUGAGAUCAGUUUUGAAAAUUUCUCCCUCCUGGAGUCCAUCAGAGCUCACUUGAACAGCUUCAGUUUUCCAAUUCGAGGGACCGACGCUGACAUUUUGAGCAUAGCAAUGACUACAGUCUGCACUCCUGCUGGAAAUGACCUCUUGUGCUUCUGUGAGAAAGGCUACCAGUGGUCUGAGGAAAGGUGUCUCCACUCUCUCACUUGUCAAGACUAUGACAGUGCCAUGUCGGGCGGCUACUGCAGUUGUCUGAAAGGACUUCCUCCCCAGGGACCUUUCUGCCAGCUCCCAGAAGCAUUCAUUACCUUAAAACUCAAAGUCAGACUGGAUAUAGGAUUUCAAGAAGACCUAAAGAACACGUCUUCUGCCCUCUAUAGGUCCUACAAGACUGAUCUGGAAAGAGCGUUCCGAGCGGGUUACAAAAUUCUACCAGGAUUCAGAUCGGUGACUGUGACACAGUUCACCAAGGGCAGCGUGGUUGUGAACUACGUAGUCCGGGUUACAUCGGCACCAGUGCCUGGAUCAAUUCAUAAAGCCAACGAACAAGUCAUACAGAACCUCAACCAGACGUACAAAAUGGACUACAACUCCUUCCAGGGAACCCCGAGCAAUGAGACGAAAUUCACGGUCAUACCAGAAUUCAUCUUUGAGGGAGACAAUGUGACUCUGGAGUGUGAAACUGAGUUCGUGACCUCCAACACGUCUUGGUACUACGGAGAAAAACGCUCCGACAUCCAGAACAGCGACAAGUUCUCCAUUCACACCACAGUCAUCAACAAUAUGAGCCUGAUCACCCGCCUUACCAUUUACAACUUCACACAGCAUGAUGCGGGCAUGUAUGGUUGCAAUGUGACAUUGGAUAUUUUUGAAUAUGGAACGGUCAGAAAACUAGAUGUCACUCCCAUCCGGAUUUUGGCCAAGGAGGAAAGAAAGGUGGUGUGUGACAACCACCCUAUAUCACUGAACUGCUGCAGCGAGAAUAUUGCAAACUGGAGCAGUAUUGAAUGGAAGCAGGAAGGGAAAAUAAGCAUUGUAGGGAACCCAGAAUCAGACCUAGAGUCUAGCUGCAGCACUUACACGCUCAAGGCAGAUGGAACCCAGUGUCCCAGUGGGUCUUCUGGAACCACAGUCAUCUACACAUGUGAGUUCGUCAGUGCCUACGGAGCCAGAGGCAGUAAGAACAUAGCCGUGACCUUCACCUCUGUAGGAGAUAAUGCCAGCUCCAAAGGGGAAGUGCCCGAGGUCCUAAGGCAUGUGAUCGAAGUGAGUACAGUUCAGAGCACCACCGGGAACAGCCUAGAAACAAGUAAACCCCAGGAGCAGCAAGCCAACCUAACAAUAACCCGGGACCCAAUUUCUGUUUCUGAGGGACAAAGCUUUUCUAUAACCUGCCUCAGCGAUGUGAGUAGCUUUGAUGAGGUGUACUGGAACACCUCCGCUGGUAUUAAAAUCCAUCCAAGGUUUUAUACCGUGAGGAGGUAUCAGGAUGGAGCAGAGUCGGUACUGAUGGUGAAGACCUCCACCCGAGAGUGGAACGGAACCUACCACUGCAUAUUUAGAUAUAAGAAUUCAUACAGCAUUGCCACCAAAGAUGUCACCGUUCACCCGCUGCCUCUGGCAUCAGACAUCAUGAUGGAUCCUUUGGAAGCCAGUGGCCUGUGUACCAGUUCCCAUCAAUUCCAAUGCUGUGUAGAAGAGGAUGCAGGGGAAAAGUACGCUGUGACCUUCCACGUGGACUCCUCAUUCUUUCCCGCUGAAAGAGAAGUUAUCGGCAAGCAAGCAUGCUACAAAUACAGUCUCCCAGCGAACUUACAUCCAUGUCCCAAAGACAUCGCAGUGUUCUGCCACUUUACCAAUGCAGCCAACAGCUCAGUCCGGAGCCCAUCUAUGAAGCUUAAACUUAUUCCAAGGGGGAAUAUCACAUGCCGGGAUCCCAUCCUAGGCAUCGGCGAGCCUGGGAAAGUCAUUCAGAAACUGUGCCAGUUCUCAGGUGUUUCCAGAAGCUCUGGACAGACCAUCGGUGGGACUGUCACUUACAAAUGCGUGGGCUCCCAGUGGAAGGAGGAGUCAAGGGCCUGCAUCUCAGCCCCAAUCAAUGGUUUGCUCCAGGUGGCCAAGGCUUUGAUCAAGAGCCCCUCCCAGGAUCAGAAGCUCCCUACAUACCUGAGGGACCUUUCUGUUAGUACUGGGAAGGAAGAACAGGACAUCCGCUCAUCUCCAGGGAGCCUGGGAGCCAUCAUCAGCAUCCUUGAUUUGCUCUCAACGGUUCCCACUCAAGUGAAUUCAGAAAUGAUGAGAGACAUACUUGCUACCGUUAAUGUCAUCUUAGACAAGUCUGCCUUGAACUCCUGGGAGAAGUUACUACAGCAACAGAGCAAUCAGAGUUCUCAGUUCCUGCACUCCGUGGAAAGGUUUUCCCAAGCACUCCAGCUGGGAGACAGCACUCCUCCGUUGCUCGUCCACCCUAACGUUCAGAUGAAGAGCAUGGUGAUAAAACGUGGCCACCCCCAAAUCUACCAACAGCAGUUCAUCUUCAAAGACUCUGACCUGUGGGGUGACGUAGCCAUUGAUGAGUGCCAGCUGGGAAACCUGCAGCCUGAUUCAUCCAUCGUUACUGUGGCUUUCCCAACUCUCAAAGCCAUCCUUGCCCAGGAUGUACAGAGAAAGGCAUCCUCCAACAGCUUAGUAAUGACAACCACUGUCAGCCAUAACAUUGUCAAGCCAUUUAGGAUUUCUAUGACUUUUAAGAACAACCAUCGUUCGGGUGGCAAGCCACAGUGUGUCUUCUGGAACUUCAGUCUUGCCAACAAUACAGGGGGCUGGGACAGCAGUGGGUGCUCUGUGGAAGAUGAUGGUAGGGACCAUAGGGACAGAGUCUUCUGCAAGUGUAACCACCUGACAUCCUUCUCUAUCCUCAUGUCCCCAGACUCCCCAGAUCCAGGGUCUCUUUUAAAAAUACUUCUGGAUAUCAUUUCUUACAUCGGGUUGGGGUUUUCCAUAGUCAGCUUAGCUGCCUGUCUGGUUGUGGAAGCCAUGGUGUGGAAAUCUGUGACCAAGAACCGAACUUCCUAUAUGCGCCACAUUUGCAUAGUCAACAUUGCCUUUUGCCUUCUGAUUGCUGACAUCUGGUUCAUUGUGGCUGGUGCUAUCCACGACGGUCGCUACCCACUCAACGAAACUGCUUGUGUGGCCGCCACAUUCUUCAUUCACUUCUUCUACCUCAGCGUCUUCUUCUGGAUGCUAACUCUGGGCCUCAUGCUCUUCUACCGGCUGAUUUUCAUUCUGCACGAUGCAAGCAAGUCCACUCAGAAAGCCCUUGCCUUUUCUCUAGGCUAUGGCUGUCCCCUCAUUAUCUCAUCUAUCACAGUGGGGGUUACACAGCCACAGGAAGUCUACAUGAGGAAGAACGCAUGUUGGCUCAACUGGGAGGACACCAGAGCGCUGCUGGCUUUUGCCGUCCCCGCAUUGAUCAUUGUGGUGGUGAACGUGAGCAUCACAGUUGUGGUCAUCACCAAGAUCCUGAGGCCCACCAUUGGGGACAAGCCAGGCAAGCAAGAGAAGAGCAGCCUAUUCCAGAUCAGCAAGAGCAUCGGGGUCCUCACACCACUCCUGGGGCUCACUUGGGGUUUCGGUCUUGCCACAGUGAUCCAGGGGAGCAACGCUGUGUUCCACAUCAUAUUUACUCUCCUCAAUGCCUUCCAGGGGCUCUUCAUUUUGCUCUUCGGCUGCCUCUGGGAUCAGAAGGUGCAAGAAGCUUUGCUGCAUAAGUUUUCAUUGUCAAGGUGGUCUUCUCAACACUCAAAGUCAACGUCCAUAGGUUCAUCAACCCCUGUGUUUUCAAUGAGUUCUCCGAUAUCCCGAAGAUUUAAUAAUCUUUUUGGUAAAACAGCAGCCCCAAAGGUCCCCCAAGGCAAUGAUGGAAAUCUUGUUAGCAGUGGCAGUUCAUCAUCCCGAUGGAACAUAUAACGUUUCCACCCCAGAGACAACCAGUUCAUCCCUGGAAAAUUCCUCUAGUGCUUACUCACUGCUCAACUAGGACCAGACAAAGCCAAAUCCACAGGACCUCUCCGAAACAGGGUCCGUGGCAAGAAAAGGGACCCAUCCAAAUCUAAGGGUAACGUGCUCUCCCUCUGCAGACUUCUGGGAGCAGACGCUGAAGAGACUCUUUCCAUAGAGAAGAUGCUUUCUUUUUGUAAAGACAGACUAAAAGCCAAGGCCAUGUUUAUUUUUGCUCCCAGCCCUAUCCCAUGUGUAAUGCCAAAUAUGUAUAGUAUUUAAAAGAACCUUCCCCACAAGGCUCAACUUUUCUCUAUGUAGUGUAAAAUAGAAUUUUGAGGAGAUUUUUAUAUCCCCUCCCAAACACACACUCACACCAUUGGCUACCAAGAUAAGAGCUGAUUGAAACAGUAAGUAAAAAGCUAGUAUCCGGGAGUUCAGUGACUUCAAGGAAGGAAGGAAAGAUGGAGAAAUGAGGAAGAAAAGCAGGAAGGAGGAAGGAUGAUAGAAUGGAAGGGAGGGAGGGAGGAAGGAAGGAAGGAAGGAAGGAAGGAAGGAAGGAAGGAAGGAAGGAAGGAAGGAAGGAUAAUGUAGAAAACAUUAGGGAGUACAUUUUAAGGUAUCCACAGUUGUGAUCUAAUAUGGCCACUCAUCUGCCACAGCUCUGAGAAUGAAAAUAUAUGGCUCAAAACCAAAAUGAAAUGAAGUCAUGGGGGAUUUAGUUAGUGAAUUCCUGAUCUUUCCCUGGCUAAAAGGAUAAAAGAGAUAGGAAGGAAAGUAGGAAAGAAAGUGGGAAGGAGGGGUCGGCAUGAGGGUGCUUCUGGCUGGAUAAUAAUAUUUGCAAGCAAUGCAUCCAAGGAGACACAGUUCUCAUGACAAGGACAGGCAUGAACCUUUGUAUGUCAAGGUCUGAGCAAAGCAGGGUGAACAUGCGGAGCACGGAUGACAGCCACUCUGUAAGAUUCAAGAAAGGUUCAUCUCUCACGAUCUGUCAGAUACGCACUGUAGGCUCAUUUGUUCAGCGUUUCGAAAGCCAUGCAUGUAUAUGUACAUAUUUUUCUCCGAUCAUUGACAAACUUGGUCUACGGCACUGAGCUCAGAGCCCGACGUCUGUCUUACACGUAACAGCUUUAACCGGGUACUCUCUGUGCGUUGUAGAAUAGAUUUAAUAGUUGUGUAUCAUGUACAUUUUUAUUUUGUCCUCGUGACUUCGUUGUGACUGUGUUGGUGACAGCCCUUGGUGUGCCCUCUGCAUUGCUAUGUUCUAACCCUUCCCAGCCUUCUAAGGUCCUAGGCCAAUAUACAUUCAGAGUUUCUGUGGUCUGAUUUGUGUGUCUUGUAGCCACUUGGAAGGAGAAAAAGUACCUGGCUCUUCCGUGUUCCCAGCCACAUUUUACUUUGAUAAGCAAAUUCGCAGAUUCCUCCACCCCCACCACCAAGAAUUAGAUUGUGAAUUUAUGCCUGUGAGGUUUUUUGUAUGUGUGUCUCUCAAAAAAUACAGAUAUUUAUUAAAACUGCUUCCAUGUUAGAACUCACCAUGCUCCAAAUCCAAGAGUAAGCAUGCGUCCCACAUGAGAGUGUCAUCUCAAAGGAACAGUGUCAGUAAGGACAGUGUCUCAGUUAAUUUCUCAUUGCCGUAGCAAGACACAUGGAUGAAAGCAACUUACAGGAGGAAAGUUUUGUUUGGGCUUACCCUUCGGAAUACAGCCCAUCAUGGCGGGGAGAGCACGGCUGUAGGAGCACAAGGCCAGCCCAUCAAACCGCCUCAGCUGUCUAGAAGUGAAGAACAGGAAGUGGGAUCAGGCUAUGAGAACUCAAAGCCCUCCCACAGUGACCUCUUUCCUCCAGCCAGGUUCCACCUCCUAAAAGUUCUAUAAUCUUCCCAAAUAGCACCAUCAACUGGGGGCAGAGGGUUUUGGUACACGGGCCUAUGGGAGACAUUUCACAUUCAAACAACAACCAGCAACAGACCCUUUAGGACCCACAUGCAGCGUUGAGUUUUUAUGGAGUGAGAGACUAUGUGGGCCCUUCGUUGGGAAGACAAGAUAAAAGAGUCUGUGGUCUGACAUCCGUAGUUUUAAGUACUUUCAGUCUGUUAGAUCUAAGCUUAAAGUCUAUUUCUGCUUCUCCGUUCUUCCUAGCGGAAGGGCAGAGUGGGGCAUGCAAAGUCCCAUCCCUUGAGUUCCGUUCCUGCUCAAGUGCCAUCUUCCACCACUUGUGUGAGAAACACCACACGCCUAUCCCAAUUUCAUGGCUCAUUAUUUAAAGUUCUUCCGGGGAAGGAAUCCACAGGAGAUGUGGAUGCGGUCUCCAGGGAGUCUCCAAAGAAGAGCGGAGUUCAGUAGAGGGAAGAGGAGAGGCGUCUAGGAUGGGACAUCCUUUGGAUUAGAGUCAGGUAUCAGAGAAAGGACGGGCAGAAGGGUUCAGCCCCUUGAGUUGCACUAAGGAGUGUUGGGCCAGAGGGAUUUGCAUAGCAUAACAAGGCAACAUGGACGUCUUGGACACCAACAUGGACACCAGUAGAGGCUGGGGCUCUUGUGCUCAAGAAUGCAAAGAUCCAAAGAACACUGAACUUUGGCCCACUUCAGUGGGGCCUCUUGGGAGCCUUGACAGCAGCAUAAUAGUAGGAACUCUGAGCUGAAUUCCAUAGCAUGCAGAUCUGGCCCUCUGCCUGCUUGCAUUCAGAGAGACACGUCUCCCUUUCACCAACUAGCAUGCCUACAGAUUCUAAUGCACACAUGAAUUCAUACACAGACCCACAGAUUGACCAAGGCACACAGGAACAUGUGUGCA